AGCCGUUGGAGCCGUGGAAGAUAUAUGCGCCCGAUUGAAAGAUGAAGUACCAAAAUUCUACCGUUCUUGAAAGCGAGAGAAAGGAAAACUAGAGAAAUUUCACGAGGAAAAACGUCUACAAUCACAAGAAAUCUAUUAGAGGAUGCUGUUGUUUUGGCUGUUUUUGCAAUCUAAUUGCUAGGUUUAGGAUCCUCGAGCAAAUAUAUAUGCAGUGUACUAAGGUUUCAGUUUGUGCAAGUGUGUCCUGUGGUUCAAUGAUGGAGAUCACAUGGUCUGUUGGGCCCCCUUUGGAUAGACCAUGCUGCAAAAAUAUUUCCCAGAUUUCAUACCAAAGUUUUGUGUCAGCGUCAACAAGAGCAUCAAGUGAAGAUAAAGAAAGAACUUUUGAGAUGUCCACAAGACCAUCAAUGGCUACAAGAGCCCGUCCGCUAAUUCAAGAUCAGAAUCUUCUCAUCCACAAUGAAGGAGGUGGUGCAGCUGGGGUCCACGGGUCAAAAGUUCUGCAGAAGAAGGGGCCCGGCACUCGGAAAGCCUUAGCAAACAUCACAAACUCAGAGAAGCUGUCUUCUCAUAAGGCAUCGAAAAAGAAUCAACCGACAAAGUUUGCUAACAUUGGGGUUCCAACUAUAAUAGAAGAGGAACAAUGCCUACACAACCAUCAGAGCUGCAUCAGCUUACAAACAGCCACAACGAACGUACAAACAGCUGCAUCAAUUUACUUUCAGAAGACACUGGGAGUGGAUGAUGAUGCUAAUUCUCAACUGGAUUUGUGGUCACCAAAGACGCCUAGGCCUCUUUCAUCGAGCCAGGGAAAGGUUGGUUUUGAAAGUACACCGAGAUACUUGGAUUUCACCCAAACGCCCGUUUUGAAGCUGCAAUCUUCAGUCCGGCGCUCGAUACUGUGGAGCCCGAUAUCCCCUUCAAUGUACUGACUGUGAAAGACUCGUACUGACUGGAAGACUCAUACUUUGAUGUGUUUGAGAAGGUGAAGGUAAUUUGAGAUGCAAUCAGAGAGCAACGCUGGAAAGGCAGAAAAAAAAAGGCUUAGACAUAUUGAGCUGAAUUUUGGUUUGGAUUGGAAUGGAACUUUCUCAAGUUCAGUUAUGUGGAUUGUAGUGUUAGGCUGUUUUGGACCUUAAAGUACAUAUAAAAAUAGCUGAUUUUUGGUUUA